UUUAUACGUAAUAUAUAAGUGUAAAUAAAAGUACGGACUCAAGAGAGUCUCAAGACAAUUAUUGUAAAAAUUAAAAAAUAAUACAUUCAUAGACCAUUCCUAUACUAAUACCUUUCAACUAAUUUUAUUGCGAUACUAACAUGUCUAAAGUAGCUAAUGUUAACUCUAGUUUUGCCUACGAGAUACUUAUGUACCUAAAUUCUUUUUAUUUAGGCAUGUUUUUUGUAUGUGAAGUUGCUAUGGGUAUUUUGAAAGCCAUUAAUGUAUCAUAUCCGGGUAACACGCUGCUAACAGAAGCCAGUAUAUUUAUAGUAUUGUGUUUAGUUGAAGUUCUACGCAUAUUCUUAGGAAGAAGGGGAAAUUUAGUUAGCAAGAAGAUUCCUGUUUUCUUCUCGGUAGUACUAACAAUACCUUGUGCAGUUGGUGUUUGCUAUUUCCUAAUUUACCAGACAUACAUCCUAAGGCUCGAAUAUAUCUGGUGUGCUGUGAUGUUGAUCUUUCAUGCAUUAGAGUUAGCUUUUGCCAUCCUUUUCAUUUUCACUGUAUGUAAAAAUCAUCAAUACACCUAGGCUACAGCAAAAAGUACCUCCUUGCCAAUAAAAUAUUGAUUGCCAAUAAACUAGACUGCUAUAUACAAAAUAUAUGCUAGAACCAAAAUAUAUAUUUUUAAAAAGAUAUUAAAAGGAGGAUGCUUUUCAUUAUUUUAGAGUUGUUUAAUAUUACCUUACUUAAUAUAAUAUUAUUUUAUAAGAUUUGUUGUGCAAAAAUAAUCCAAUACAUACAUUUUUGAGUUUGAAUACAAUACCAACUAACAAUGGCGAUUAUAGAUACCAUAAAAUAUUAUUACGUAAUAUAUGAUAUUAUUACAACAAUGCCCAUCUGAACUCUGAACAAAUGUUUGAACAGAAUGAUAAAAAGUAUACGAAUGAGACUUGUCACCAAUUUUAGCUUUUAUCAGGAUCUUAUGUGUCAAUGCUUACAGCUAGCAUAACAGACAUCACCAUUAUAUAAAAUGUGUUUGACAAUAUUGAAUUGAGCACAACAUAAUUGCAAUAGUCAAAUUUUACACCAUUAUAUUUACAUGUUAUAGACACCUGUAUAAACUUAAACAUUAUAAAGGAAUUUAUUUUCUCAAAAUUUAUUCAUUUGGAAUUAUUUUUCAUGUCAUUUCAAACACUACCACUAAUUACUUAUUAAAAUAAUGAAUUAAAAAUAUUUAGUGUUAAUUCCUCUAAGUAUUGUUAGUUUGCACUAUUAUGCAAGCUGUAUAAUCUUUAUAAUUAACUUAUAUUAUAUUUAUGAAAAGAGUACAAAAAAAGAAUGCUGGGAGAGUUUCUUGCGCCGCUUCUUCUCUCUCAGAGCGCCAUUUGUUUCCGAAGCGGUAGUAGUAUCUAGUAAUAUACUAGAUGCUACUACCGCUUUGAUUUUUAAUAAGAAAUGACAUCAAAAAGAAUUCUAAAGGAAUCAAUUUUCAGAAAAGAAAUGCCUUUUUAUGCCAUUACCUGCAAAAUGAUAAAAGGUUCUUCAUGUAAUUAGACUGAAUUUUUUUUUUAAGCUGGGUGCAGUCAAAUGCACUUCAAAGAUUAUAUUUGACUAUAUUUUUAAAUUGACUUUUGUUCUACAAAUUUAAUUUGUACCAAAAUUUAAGGAUGAUGUGGGAUUGAAAACUGCAGCUAUUGGGUUAUGUCCCUGCGCUCUUACCAACUAAGUCAACCAUAUGUAUCAUAAUAAUAUGAUAAAAUUGUGUCCCUUGAGUUGUUGUGUUUGGAUUAUUUAGCACUACAAAUUUAAUUUGAUAAAUAAUGUAAUAAUAAUAAGCUUCUUAAAUUGUAAUAAUUAACAUUUGUCCAUGAUCUAGUCCAUGAGUAUAAUUGAAUUAAAUAGCUUGUAAGUAUUAGUGUAUAUUUUGUGAAGUAUAAUGGAUUUCUAGUUAAAAUGUGUGUUAUUUUAAUAUUGUACAGUUGAUAUAGAAAUUAUGUCCUAUGGUCUACUAUGGAAUGUCAUAUUUUUUUUCUUUUUAAGGCAAUUUGAGUGCUAUCCAAUCUAAGAUUAAUAAUGUUGUACAGUUAUAGUGUUAAGUAGUUUUUUUGUCUAUGGUUGCCUUUAUACUAAUAUAUAAAAUUUUAGAGCAAACAUGAGCCUGAUGUUAUGAUUGCAAAUCUUUAAUAUGACAAAGUGCUAACUAUGCAGAUUUCUAAGAAGAUACGGGCUAUGGAUGCAUCAGUGCCUUUUUCAGCCAAGCAUAAGUUGAAUUUUAAUUAUAACGGCGCCAUAGCUAGUGAAAAUAUGAGGCUAAUGAGACUUAAUAUCUUAUAUCUAAACAUGAUGUGCAAAAUUCUUGUGUUGCUCAAAAUUUUGGUUUCCCUAGAAUGUUGAAGGGUAUUGCAUUAUAAUUGGCAGGUCAUAUUGCUUACUAUCCGGUGAACAUCUUGUUUGUGUUGUCAGUUUUUAUCAUAAAAAAAUUAAUAUUCCUCUAAUCAUUAUGGAACUUAAUCAUAAUGCCACACAUUUAAAUGUUAUGGAUUUUUAUAAUAUACAGUAUAACUGGCAUUUCAAACACCUGUAAGUGAUGAAUUUAUUCUAUUUAAAUAAAGAAGACCACAGAGUUUGUUGUGCCAGUUCUCAUCAGGUCUGAGGCAUAUAUUUUGGAAUAUUCAAUAAGUGAUUUUAAAUCCUCCUUUGAAUUUCAAUUGUCAUAAAGUUUACUUGCUGGAGAAGACCUGCAGCUUAACUGAUUCAUAGUUUUAUGUUAAAUCAGUUAUUAAUUAGUGUCAGUGAAAGGAAGUAUAUUAUUAUGUAAUUCAAAACAUGGCCAAAAUACCUAUGUUAAGUGAUGGAAUGAAAAAAUUACCAUAACAAUUAGUAUGGUAGAUGGUUUUCAGUAGGAAAUACUCAAAUUUCAUAGUAGACCUUUGGAUUAUUACCAUCCUGUUUGCUGGUGUUAUUAAUAAAAUAUCAAGCUUUAAA